CCAAUACUCAAUAUGACAGCGGCUGCGCAUGGAUUUGCGCUAGUCACACCAGCUUCUCGUGGGAUAGGCUUCGCUUUUGCUCAGCAACUACUCUCACAAACCAACCUCCCUGUCGUGGCUACGGCGCGGAAGAACUGCGAUGAAGUCCGCGGCAAACUACUAUCUUGUCAGGGGGUACCUGCAGAUGCAGAAAAAAGAUUGCACAUAUUAGAAGUUGACGUCAAAGAUGAAUCCACAAUAUCAUCCAUGGCAGAUACAAUCCGCCAAGAACUGCCAAAGACACCCCUUCGCCUAGCUCUAACAGUCCCUGGCAUUUUGCAUGUCGAAAAAUCCCCAUCUCAAAUCGACGCUGCCAAUGCACUGGACAGUUUCAAAGUGAAUGCCCUAGGCCCACUCCUUCUGAUGAAACAUCUCUCCCCCUUCCUCCCAAACAAAUCCGCACCCGCGUUCCCAGUCUCAGAAGGGCAGCUCCAGCUACCAUCCCACGCCAUCUAUGCCAUGAUGGCCGCACGUGUGGGAUCAAUCUCUGACAAUGCGUCCGGGGGGUGGUACUCGUAUCGUGGGAGUAAAGCCUCCGUUUACCAGAUUGCCAAGACGUUUGAUUUGUAUUUACGGGGGCGCUGUGCUGACAGAGCUAUCGCGGUUGCGUUGCAUCCUGGGACUGUUAAGACGGAUUUUACAAAGGAAUUUUGGAAGGGGAGGGAUUUAUUGGAGCCGUUGGAUGCGGCAGAUAGACUUUUGAGGGUUAUCGCGGGACUACGGCCAGAUGUUGACGGUGGGAGGGGGAGGUGUUGGGAUUGGAAGGGGAAAGAGGUUACCCCAUAAGAUGAAUGGAGUGUGUUAUACUAGACAGAAUGUAUGGAGGAUAUACAACUUAGGGCACUGUCGUUGAAGCGGAGGGGCUGGUCAUGUCACCAUAUGGGAUGCUGCGGGGAAAUCAAAGCCAUAAUUCAUUGGCACUUGCUGGGGUUUUUUGAUUGAUUGGUAGUGAUAUGAAAAACAGCAGACAAAGCCAUUUAGUUGUCAGUAUCGAGAGCUGGUCCAGUCGAUACGCUGAUUAUGGAGCUGUGGUCCUC